AUGGCUACCACCAAGCCGAAGACUGGCAUUAAAGUCGUCGUCGUGGGCGCAGGGUUCGGCGGUCUCACUGCUGCCAUAGAAGCCCACCGGCAAGGUCAUGAUGUUGAGGUGUACGAGUCUUUUCCGGAGCUCAAAGUCCUUGGCGAUAUCAUCUCCUUCGGCGCUAAUGGCGGUCGCAUUUUCUACCGCUGGGGCAAGCACCCUGGAGAGAUCUCGGACCGCCUGCGCAAGCUCAGCAUCGACCUGAGCGAGUAUGGUUUCCGCAUCCACAAGUAUGACACCGGAGAGGUCAUGUUCCAUCAAAGGACCCCUCCCUCAAACAAAGAAGCACCUGUCUUCAACGGCCACCGGGGCGAGCUUCAUCAGGUCGUGUUCGACUACGCAAGGGAUGAGCUGGGGAUCCCAAUCCGCCUCGGCGAGAACGUUACUGAGUACUUCGAAACAGAAGACGAGGCCGGUAUCAUUCUCAAGGGUGGUGAGCGAAUUGUUGCCGAUGUGGUAGUUGGAGCAGAUGGUGUUCGUUCAAAAGCAAGAGAGCUGGUGCUUGGAUACGAGGACAAGCCCAAGAGCAGCGGCUAUGCCGUCUGGAGAGCCUGGUUUCCCAACACGGACAUGAUCAAGGAUCCCCGCACCAAGGAAUUUUGUGAGAAUGGGGAUACGUUUAACGGCUGGAUUGGGCCAGAUGUGCAUUUCCUCUUCUCCACCAUCAAGAAUGGGUCUGACUGCUGCUGGGUGCUCACCCACAAGGAUGAGCACGACAUCGACGAGUCGUGGUCGUUCCCUGGCAAGCUAGAGGACGUGUACAAGGUCCUAGAGGGGUGGGAUCCGAUCUGUAAAGCUAUAGUGGAAAAGACGCCCAGCCUGGUUGACUGGAAGCUCGUCUAUCGCGACCCGCUCCCGACCUGGGUGAGCAGCAAGCGCAGGAUCCUGCUCCUGGGUGACUCUGCCCACCCUUUCCUGCCGACCAGUGCCCAGGGGGCUACACAGGCCAUGGAGGAUGGAACUACCAUUGCUAUAUGUCUCCGGAGAGCUGGCAAGGAAAACGUCCAGGCGGCGCUCAAGACCCACGAGGAGAUCAGAUACGACCGAGUCAAGGCAGUACAGAAGACGGGCGAAACCACAAGAGACAUGUGGCAUAAGACUGAUUGGAAUAAGGUCCGGGAGGACCCAAAGAGCAUUGCAAUGCCUCGGGACGAUUGGAUCCACUUUCACGAUGCAGAAGUCCACGCGGAGACUGUCUUCGAUGAGGUAUUCAAGAGACACUCAGGGCCUGGGGCUGGAGCCGAGGGAGAGAACAAUUCCGCAUUUGUUGAGCAUGUUGAGACCAUCGUGGCCACGACCUAG